UUCAAAUGACAGAUGUAGGUUAUGUUGUGACAAGGUUGAUUUAUAGUUUAUUUUUCUAUUAUUUAUUGAAACAACAGUUUAAAAAAUGACAAGUAGAGCAAAAAAUACUACAACUCGAAUCGAAGUUGAUAUCGAAAGGAAUAGAGAAGAGGCAAAUUGGGUUAAGGUCAUAGAACUGGCCGAGCAACUUAAGGAUAAAUCACCAGAAUAUAUGUGCCUGUCCGAUUUUCUAAUAGGGGAAGGAAAACUAGAGAACUAUUUGGAAGAGUGGCCACCAAUCGAAGCGAACGCAGACCGCGCAAAGAUUGGCUUAAUUGACGCAAAGAGAUACUUAACUUUAGUCACUAAUGAUGCGGGUAUCAAGGCUGGCGUUGCUAUGGACGCCCAUCUCCUCCUCGGAAAAUUACACUACGCUUGUAGUCACUACGCUAAAGGAAUUGAUCAUUUUAAAGCAGCGGAACUCCACAAUUUGUCCCAGAAAAAACUGCCUUUACGAAGUUUACGAAUAGUGGCAGAAUCCUACGCCGUGAAUGGUCUGUGCCUCCAAAAAGACACAACGGCUACCACCAAAUUCAAAAAAGCCGAAAAAAAGGAAGAAAUGAGUAAAUGUUUUAGUUUAGCAGCAGAUCUAUCCCUACUUUACAUGCAAAAACUCGAAAAGGAAACAACUGGAACCACUACCAACACAGGAACACAUUCCCCACAGCCCCCAGCCACCCACAAAUCACUGGGAGUGAUUCUAGAACAAGCUCUACAAGAAGGCCCCAUGUUGUUAUUGCAACAAAGCAAACCUGAUGAAGCUCUAGAGCAAUAUAGAGCUGCUCUUUGUGCCGUUGAAACUCAAGGUGCUAACGCCAUUCGGUUGAAAUUUAUGUGCCAGAUGGCGCAACUGAUUUUACAAGGGUUGGUGGGGGACAAGUAUAAACCUCCAUCGAACUCGCUUCCUAAAGCUUCAAUUUGGAAACCAAAAUACUAUGCUUCCUUAAAUCAGUUUGUUCCGAAGAACGAAUGUGAAGAAACUAUUUUGUUGUUGUUGAUUGCUGAAUCUAUGGCUGUUCGGAACGCUGUUUUGUCACAGUCUCCUGAAUUUAAGGAGAUUAGGCUUAGUGCUUAUCAUGAUGCGAUAAUGGUGUACGAUUUGCUGGCCAUUGCUACAGUGCGGUGGGGACAAGUGGCUUUGCUACAAGAGUCGUUAGAACGGUCAAUGAAGUUCUCCUUCGAGGAGAUCCAUCUCUGGAAGCAACACGGCCUCAGCCUCCUGGCAACCGGCCGCUACGUCCAUGCUCUUGCAAUCCUCAAAGAAGUGAUACGUUUAGAACCAAAUAACGCCAGUAACUGCCUCUUAGCUGCAAAAAUCUGCUACGAACACCUAAAUCUAGCAGUAGAAGGAACCAAUUUUAGCAUAGAAGCCAAAAAGAAAGAUCUUCAAUGCAAUUCGGGCUUACUCGGUCGAUGUUACCUCUAUAUAGGCAUUGGCUACUACUUACAGGCGGAAGCGUGCUUACUUAAAAAAGAUAAAGAAGAUCUGAUGAACAGAGCUUUGGAGAGCUUUAAAAGCGCUGUGGAAAUCGAACCAAACGACCAUUUGUGUCAUUACUACUUAGGACUGCAGUUGGCAGUAAUGGGACAAAUUGGAGACGCACAAGAACACGUGCGGAUUUCACUAGAUCUACGAGCGGAGAAUUCGUCCACUUUGCAUUUAUUGGUGCUGCUGCUAACGGCCGAAAGGGAGCACAAGAAUGCGUUGGCUAUUGUAGAAAACGCACUUGAAGAGUAUCCGGAUUGUCUGAACUUGAUGUACGUGAAGGCGCAUUUGGAGCUGCACGAAGAAGGUGGCGAGAAGGCGUUGAUCACGGCGAAACAGAUGCUGGAGUUAUGGAAGAAUUUGUACGAAGGGCAAACGAACUCGGACGUUCCGGAAUGUGAUAGAAAAAGCGACACGCGUUCAGUCUUCCAAUUGUAUACGUCGGAGAUGUCGGACCGAGAUUCUAGUUCGUUACAAUUGCACAACACGGCCGCUUCUCGGAUCGAACAAGCUCUGAGCGAAGUUGCUAGUUCUUUAAGCAGUUUUAGUCCACGUCCGGGUCCACAGAGGGCGUGGUUGUUGCAAGUCGAAGUAUGGUUGCUUCUGGCUGAACUCUAUUUGGCCUUGAAUCAACCUGCCGAUGUACAACAGUGUAUUCAAGAGGCCACGCAGAUCUAUCCCUUGAGCCACCACAUCAUGCAUAUGAAAGGGCUACUCCACAUGCACAAACAAGAAUGGCCCGAGGCGAAACUGUGCUUCCAAAACGCCGUGGCGAUCAAUCCGCAGCACGUCAAGUCUCUUCAGGAAUUAGGCCUGGUCUACCACUAUUUAGGACUGCAGGGUCUAGCGGAAACAACUUUCCGCGAAGCCGCCAAGAUUGACCCGAAGAAUCACGUGACGUGGUACAACUUGGGGAAGGUUCUGGAAGCGCUGGGCGAAUACGAAAAAGCGAGUGACGCGAUGGCCACCGCUUUGAUGGAAGAGAAGAAUAAUCCAAUACUUCCGUUUAAUUCAGUUCCUCUUUGUUUUGAAUAGCCGCGGGAAGGGUGGUCGAGUUUGUUGAUUGGUAGAUGAUUUUAUUGUUAUUUUUAUUGUUACGUAAUGGUGAUUGUACUUACUGUGUUAUAGAAUUUGUACUUUAGUCGUUGAUGUUCGUGUAUUGAUGUGAUAGCCGUACUCAAAUACAGUAAUUCUGACAUGUUUCAACGAAAAGUUUCUGCACGACAUUACAGGUUAUGGUUUAGAUAUUAGGUCAGGUUAUGGACGUCACGUGUCCUUUACUGUAGUGUCGAUUAGAAACUGAAUGUAUACUAAAAAUGGCGGUGACAAAAUGGCGCCUACAAAUCUGAUAUGACGAUACGAAAGUUACCUAUAGUAAUAAGUUGUUGUAACUUGUUGCGCGCCAUGUAAAUGCGACUUUAGCUGUGGAUUGUUUGUCACAUGUUAAUUAUUUCAGUGAAAGUAACUUUGAGAAAAGAUAUAACAAAGUAAUCAAUAACGUUGUUACAUUUACAUUCAUUAUAUUUUUUUAUUAUUAUUUCUUUUAAA